UGGAAGCAGCCUCGGGGGCUCCGCGGCCAUGGAGUUACUUUGCAGCCGCCCCUAGGCGCGGCGGGGGGAGCAUCCUCGCCUCCGGCCAUGAGACCGGAUUGAGCCGGGCCGGGGGGGUUGCAUGACGGCUCGGAUUCCCGGAGCAUCCCCCCGCUCCCCCGGGGCGCGCAGCCAGGAGAGGAGCCGAGAUGGAAGAAAAACGGCGAAAGUACUCGAUCAGCAGUGAUAACUCAGACACCACUGACAGUCAUGCAACGUCAGUGUCAAGAUGCUCCAAACUUCCAAAUACAAAAUCCAACUGGUCAAGACAGAAGGAGAAAAAGCCCUCAGAGGUUUUUCGUACUGAUCUGAUAACAGCGAUGAAGAUCCCCGAUUCAUACCAGCUGAGCCCAGAUGAGUACUAUAUACUUGCUGAUCCCUGGAGACAAGAGUGGGAGAAAGGAGUCCAGGUGCCAGCAAGUGCAGAGGCAAUACCUGAACCAGUGGUUAGGAUUAUACCCCAGCUAGAGAGUCCCUGUGUGCAGGUCUCACCAACUGAUCUGCCCGACUCAGAUAUUUCAGAGGCCACCAGGACAUACUCGCAGGGAUUGAGCCGCUAUGACCUGGACGAGAUUGAUGCUUGUUGGCUGGAAUAUGUUAAUAUGGAGCUCAAGUUGAUGGAGAAGCCAGAGCUGGAUGAGAUCACCUUGGAGAGAGUGCUGGAGGAGCUGGAGACAAUGUGCUAUGAGAACAUGAACAUUGCCAUUGAGACAGAGGAGGGCCUGGGCAUCGAGUAUGAUGAGGAUGUUGUAUGUGACGUAUGCCGAUCCCCAGAGGGCGAGGAUGGCAACGAGAUGGUUUUCUGUGACAAGUGCAACGUCUGUGUGCACCAGGCGUGCUAUGGGAUCCUCAAAGUUCCCAUUGGGAACUGGCUUUGUCGAACCUGCGCCCUUGGAGUUCAGCCGAAGUGUUUACUUUGCCCGAAGAGAGGGGGAGCUUUGAAACCCACCCGGAGUGGGACAAAGUGGGUCCACGUUAGCUGUGCCUUAUGGAUACCUGAAGUGAGCAUCGGAUGCCCUGAGAAAAUGGAACCCAUUACAAAGAUCUCGCAUAUCCCAGCCAGCAGAUGGGCUCUGUCCUGCAGUCUCUGUAAGGAAUGCACGGGGACAUGUAUCCAGUGCUCCAUGCCCGCCUGCAUCACUGCAUUCCACGUCACGUGCGCCUUUGAUCACAAUCUGGACAUGCGGACUAUUUUAGCGGAGAAUGACGAAGUGAAGUUUAAGUCCUUCUGCCUUGAGCACAGCAGUGGUGCCACUAAGCCCCCAGACGAGGCACGGACUGAACCCGACCAAGCCCAGCUGGACUUAGAAAAGGUCACGCUACGGAAACAGAAGCUCCAGCAGUUGGAAGAGGAUUUCUAUGAACUUGUGAAGCCCUCAGAGGUGGCUGAGAACCUCGACAUAAGUGAGUCGCUGGUGGAUUUUGUGUACCAGUACUGGAAGCUGAAGAGAAAGGCUAAUUCCAACAAACCGCUGCUGACACCCAAAACAGAUGAAGUGGACAACUUGGCUCAGCAGGAACAGGAUGUGCUCUACAGACGCUUAAAGCUCUUCACACAUCUCAGGCAAGACCUGGAGAGGGUUCGAAAUCUCUGUUACAUGGUAACAAGGCGGGAGAAAAUGAAACACUCCAUUUGCAAGCUGCAGGAGCAGAUCUUCCAUCUCCAGAUGAAGCUCAUCGAGAAGGAUUUUUAUCCAGAACAAACUGGGAAGAAAACAAAGGGAAAGAAAAGUGACCCCAAAAGGAAAGGAAGAGAUGGGAGAAAAAGCAGUCCUGAGAAGAAAGAAAAAAGGAAAUCAGGGAGUGAAUCAGUAUUGGGACAGCUGGGGUUGUCAACUUCCUUUCCUAUAGAUGGGACGUUCUUCAACAGCUGGUUGGCCCAGUCUGUUCAGAUUACCACUGAGAACAUGACAAUGAGUGAAUGGUCCUUGAACAAUGGCCAUCACGAAGACAACACCCCAGGCCUUUCUGAGGAGCUUUUACAAGAUGAAGAGACCUUGUUAAGUUUUAUGAUGGAUCAUUCUUUGAAAUCCCCAUUCAAGCAGAGCGAAGCAACUAAGAAAGUUAAAAGCAAAACCAGAUCGAACACUAAGAAAAAACUGUCAAGAAAUGGCUUGAACACGCUCUUCAAGAGUCACCAGGAGGGGGAUUCCGAUCAGUGGACUAACAACAUCAGUGACUUAUCGGACGAUGCCACAAAGCCCUUUGCUCGCGAUUCAAGACCUAGCAGGUCAGAGAAAGGAACGGCAAAGCCUCACGCAGAUCGCAAAGGGGCCGGUGAAAUUAAGAAAGCAGCAAAGAAAGGAUCUUCGCAUCCUCCUCCAAAAGCAAAUGAUUCUCACGCCUCUUCGGGUCUGAGAAGCGCUGUAAGCAAAGAUGAGGAGACGAUGAAUUGUUCUCAGUCUGAGCCCAGUUCCCUGGUUAAAGUGCCUGACUCAGUAGGUAGUCCGAAAACAGUCGUGAGGUUUAAAUUACCAAAGGACAACAGAGGGACUAGGAGGUCACCGAUCCAGAAGCCUGACACGGUUAACGGGCCUCCAGUCAAUGAAAGGUCAAAGGUCAUUUUGCACCAUUUUGACAAUGAGACUGAUGGCUACUUCUCUGAUGCAGAAAUGAGCGACUCCGACACGGAAUCCGGUAGUGGCCGCGUGCAGCGGAGCCAGUUAGAUUCAGGAAAUGAGGAUAUUGUCAGAAUGAGUAUUUUGGCAUCCUAACUCCACUAGAUUUCCCAACUGUGACAGUCCUAUGAGGCCUAAACCCAGUUACAACUGCCAUGUUCAAUCUCUGCCUGGUAUCAUAACAAAGGGGGUUUUUAAUGUGUAUAUAUAGUUUAAAAUUCAGCACUGUUGUCUUUCUCUUCUCUAUAUGCCUGAGAUACAGCUUAAGCUUCACCAACAUAGAUUACUGUAAGAGUAGUUGCCCCUCCUUAGUUACCUUCGGUAUCCCAGUUAAAAGAAACGCAAGCAUGCGCAUUAAGAGACUUGUGCUUGCAAGCAACGAGCAAGAAGACAUCCUACAAUCCUAAUAAAGAGGUCUGAUGUAGCCAGUGACCGUUGUUUCUGCAGGGAUGACAGUUUUAUGGGCAUUAUUUAAAGACAGACAGAUUUCAUGCUCUGCCUGGGAUUACUGCCCCUGUAUGGCAGGGUGCGCAGUAGAGGUACUAUGAUAGCCGCCUACACAUACACACGCACACACCCCCCCUUAGUGAAGAAGUAACACCCUGGGUGUGUAUGUGUGUACACAAGGAAUAGAAUAAGCGAUUCUAAGAUAAUUAAGCACAAAAAGCUCAUUGGAAGAAAGCACUUAUGGGUGGAGGAGAACAACAUCCAAUUUGUAGUUUGUUAAAUCCUUGAUUCUUUUUUUUUCUCACCUUUUCAGUCUGAUCAAAAUCCGUCCAGGGGUCAAGAGCCAAGAUGUGCCCCAGCACUACAUCUGUCAGAGCCAGAGUUGGGCAGCACUGUAAACAAGUCAU